UUUCACAGGGUCUACUUUCGGUUUGAAAGUAUGCUACUUUCGAUUUGAGUCAUUGAAAAGUAGAUACACGUUUGUAAAGUAUCAUGUUUAAAAGUUCAUCGAGCUUUUGUUAUAAAGUUAGUAGUCUUGCAGACGUUAAAUAAAGUUUAUCUUACCUUGUAUUGAAUUGAACACAAUAACGUUCUACUUUCGCUUUUAUUGUUAGUCUUAAAAAUGGCACACGGUAAGCAGUUUCAGAUCUCCACGGUAACAGUGAGCCUGCUCUUGUGCUCUGUAAGCUCUGAUGAUGUUUAUGACAGCGAGUUUUGUUCACCAGACAAUGAAAAAUGUAAAGAUACAUAUGUCAGACAGACAAAACAGGAAAUUCCAGAGGACACUAAAGCAAUAAUGGAUGCUGUGGCGGCAGUGCAGCUUUAUAAAGCACAGAAAGAGGUGGCAAACUAUUUGGAAUUGGCUUACAUCACUCUUAGUGACCAUCCAGAUCAGGCAACGGAGGUAAGAAUGACUGCGCACGCGGCAAGAACACAACACAUGAUGACAUCAGGUUUAAUGAAGACAUUUAUGGUGACGGCGGCACAUAUCGUAAACACCAUCAUUCCAAUGUUUUUCGAUGCAAUAGAACUCAAGGACCCAGAUAUUGUCAAAGAUUUGUUUGACAAGAUAAUCAUCAUCGCAGACAAUAUGAAAACUGAAGCGGAAGAAACCAAAGCUAGAUACAGAGACAUUCAUUUGAAAGUGCAAGAGAAUUUAGCAUCUAUUAAUAAAAGAAACAGGCAUGUUGUUGAAAGAGGGGAAGAAUUGCAGUUAGAAAAGGAAAGGGAAGAACAAGAGGCACAAGCUGCAAAACACGAAGAAAAAGAACUUGUUAAAUUGCAAGAACAGAUGGAUGAGGAAAUAAAAGAUCUUAGAGAAAACAGAAAUAUGUGGCGUGAAGAAGCAGCACAUGCUGGGCGCAGUACAGAUGAAGACGACUUCACAAUGUUUGACAUUCCUUUCGGGGCUGCAAAAGCAUUUACAUCCGGAGGUUGGCCUGGGAUUGCAUUUGGGAUUCUACAAGCUGGCGGUAGCAUUUUUAAAAAAUUCUACAGAUCAUACAAGCAGGAAACGAAGUACGAACAUUUUAUGGAUGCUUAUAAAGAAAGUCAAGAAAACUUAGACCUCAAAAUUGGUAAACGAUCAGAAAUACACGAAAAAAGAACGCAAAAGCAUAUGGAGGCCUUGCGAAGACUUUCAAAAAUUAAACAAAUAAUCCAAGAGGAAGUUGGACUAGGUGAUGCUGAAAGUUUGAGGGAGGCAAGUAUCUAUCUGGGCCGAGUAGAUGGGCUGUUUAACGAGAUAAUUCGGUACUGGGGACACAUGGCAAACGUUAUUAAAGUGAUAAGAGAAGAGUCAAAUGUCGGAGACGUCUAUCUUAAAAAGAUGGAGAAUCCUGCGUACGCUGCCAGACUAAAGAAGCAGCUAGAAAAAGAAGAAAAUCACUGGAAGUUUUUUGGACGAAUCUGUAAAGAUUACACAAUACAGACAGAUACAGAAAUAAAGAACCUAUACAAGUUUCUGACGGCACCAGUAGACACAUUAGCAGCAAAUGAAAAAAAACAAAGACAACAAAAAUUAUUCCAUGAAAUAGAAGCCGAGAUAAACGGAGAAUUUGUAGAUGAUGACUAUUAGUAUUUGCAUUAUUCUUAGUUUUUCAUGUAUCGAUUAGAUCAUUCCUUUGUUCGUCCGUUCUCUUUUUAACCAUCAUAUUAGUUGAUAAAUAUUAAAGAUGUACCAAUAUGCCAAUGAUUGGUGUGAUUUUAUAUGACACCGUACAUCUCUGACACGCAUUGACGUUUGCAUGCUAAUAAUAUAUGUAUAUCACUGCACAUUUAUGAAUAUAUUUUUCAGUUCAAUGUCAGUAAGCAAUGACCUUACGCUCCUAAAUAUGGAAUGAUACCAGCUAAAUAGUAUUAGGUUGGACAUUAAAAGCAACUUAUCUACAAACUGCACACACAACAAAGUUUGCUAUGGUCCCUGUCAAAGUUUGUGUCAGCAGUACACAUAAAAAUAAGAUAUGUUGUCGUGAUAAACUGCUAUGUCUCAUCACUUAUUUCAAAGACCUUAGUAUUUCUUGGGUGCUAGUGUAUUCCUGGAUAAAACAGUUUCUCUUGAACAUGUUUCGUGGGCUAGCACAGUUUGACAAUUGCUCAGUUGCACUUCUUUUUGAAAAAGCCUUUGUUUUUCUAAUUUUCAACUGAAUAAACUUUUUUCUUUUUUUUUCUUCUCAUUUCCUGGCCUUUUCCUGCUUCCUUAUACUGGAUGCAGAUUUCACGUUUUGAACAAGGUCGGCUUGAACUGGUGAGUACAAUGUAUUUGGUAUUGAAAAGAAUUUCACAGUAGUUACUGGUUUCAAUGUAUAUUUUACUGUUUGGAUUGCUGAAAGUGUCUUGAUGGAUAAAGAUCUAACAUCCAAUACAUCUGCCAUUGAAUUAAACACCCCCUCCAUUACUGGUGUAUGAAAACAUGUCGGCAAAGCAAGGACAAAUUUCCCAAGAUGUGGUUAAUCUUCAGAUACUUUCCUCCAUAAUAUAUCUACUCUUUUAUCUGGGAUGUAACUCGUCAAUACUGGGUCAACAACAUUUCUGUGUACUUCACUCUCAAACCGGUCUUGAGUUUUACCGUGCACUUUAAUUACAAGACGAGGCUAUUGUUUCAGUCGGGCUAGAGCAAAACUGUGUUCUCUUGCCCCUGGAUCCACAGCACUUGCUGCAUUGAGAAGUGGGUUGCUGAUGGGCAUUUUCGUUUGUAGUACUUGUCCACAAGCCACAUAUCCUGCUUCCAGCUGAUUCAGAACAAUCUUAACAUCACUCUUGUGAGACUUCAAAGCGUGAACUGUGUCUCCCAUAAACAUGGACUUGCAAGGAAGGUGAAAAUGUGAUUUACCUAAAGCAAUUAUCUGGAGUUAUUUACCAGUUUUGGGGAAUGCAAACUGGCUUCACGAACAGUCCGAAAAUAUUCCUCAGUAGUGUAAUCUGGUUGACGUUUAAUGUAUGCUGCAUCGGUUUCUUUGUCUAAUACAGCAUUACGUGUUCUUUCAACUGCCGCAAAACACCAACAUAAACCACUAACAAAAGACGUGUUCUUAGCUUUGCUCGAAAUAAUUGUUCUACUAUCAUUCUUUUUCUUUCCCUACCAUCAACAGUCAUGACUUUUUUUGACAAAACAGUUGUGAUUGCAUACAACACCUUCUGACUUUCACUGGAAAGGCCUUUCUUACGGAUAAUUUCGUGAGUUACAUACAUAUAGCGGUCCUUGUCUUCCUUCUGCUGGAAUGAUGAACAGAAAACCAAGUAUGCAUCAAACAAACGCUUUGUGUCAAGAGCAAGACUGUAAGCAGACAGAAAUCUGUGUGAAAAAAAAUAUAUUGAGCAUUGUGAACUUAAUGUUGAGUAUAAACAAAAAAGAAAAUAAACAAAUCUCACUCAGCUGAUCUCUCAGAUCAGUGUACCAGUGAAUGUUUGUUUGCAAAUGUUUAAACAUUUCCAGUAAUCCAUCAAAGGGCUUUGCAGCAUUGUGUACAUGAUGAACUGAAUCCUCAUUUAUGUCCAACAGGUGUGGUGUUUUGACUGCCCGUACUUUUGUCUCUAAGCCAAACUUAUGUCCUCGCAUUGUUGAAAUUGAGUCCAUUAACAUCGAAGCAUGAUUUAGACCAAAGAAGUUUAUGCCUGCUGAAAACAUUCUGAAUCCCUUUGAACAACCUGUUACUGUCCGCCUUUAUGAUAUCAAAGGAAUCCAAAUGAGCAAUGACCUUCUCUUUGCUUUCUUCGCAGUAGUAUGACACGAGGAUGGAAAUAACCUUCUUCAAUUUCUUUGCUCUUUGACCUACUCUCAUAUAUGUUCAGUUAAAAGUUUCUCUUCUGCAGCCUUAUCACUAGAGUGUCUCUGACCGUUUUCCUUAAUCCAUGCAGCAUCUUGCACGAAGCAGUAGUUCUCUCCAGUUUCGUGUCCAGGGCGUACAUUGGUUUCUUCUUUCUCUAUAAAUGCAGUAUUUCCUGAUUAUAUUAAUAUGUAUCUUUGUAUCUUGCAAUUGUACCUAUAAGCAACCUCUGAAAACAUGAAUUGUUCACAAUCAUUUUGAAUGUUCCUGAAAACUUUUAUAAAGUCAAGAGUUGUAGGCAAUACCUCAGGGAUGGGAAAAUAGAUUUCGCUCUUUUGACUGAAGCUUGGUAGCCGGACGAGAAAUAACAUCAGUUUUAAACUUCCGACUUGAACCAGAAUGGAUAUGAAUUAAGUGUUACUGAUAGAACAAAUUAAAAAAAAACAACAAUGGUGGUGUUGCGAUCACAAAAGAUCGCGAAAGGCAACUGACGGUAGUGUUCGAAGCUUUGAAUAUGGUAUUUGGACAAUCGUUUGCAAAAAUUUGAUCAUACACGUAUUGGGUUUGUAUAGACCCCCGGUUCUAUCGACUGCACGGUAACCAGUUCGUUGUUGAAUUCUUUGACUUCACCGAAAAAUCUUACCACAUUAUGAAAAUUUACUUAUAAUAGGUGAUUUCAGUUUGCAUAUUAACAGUGACAACAGUGCGAUUACUAACUUUAAGGACUCCGUAGUAGCAAUGGAGCUGGAACAACAUGUUGAUUUCAGUACUCAUACAGGAGGACAUAGCUUGGAUCUAGCUAUAACUGAGUCACUUAAUUGUGUUUAUGUAAAGAAAUGUGAGCCUAGACCAUUUGUAUUUUAUCACUGUGAUGUUAAAAAAGAGACUUUUACUAGUAGGAGCGUAUCAUUUAGAAACUUUAAAAAUUUGAACGAAUCAAAAUUUGCCAGUGACUUAAGUGCAAUAAAUGCUGAUUCACAGAAUAUCAACAAGUUUGUGAAUGGGUUUGAAUCGGAAAAAAGAGGAUGUCUUGAAUACGCUCGUUACUGUAAAAGAGAAAACUAUAAUUCAGAAAACACCUCAAUCAUGGUGCAAUUAAAAUUUGCAACAUUUAAAACAACAAGUUAGAGAGUCUGAGCAUACAUUGGAGGCGAUACGGUAAAACAGAUCAGUUGAGUCGUAUAAAGCAGUAAGAAACGAAAACGAUUUUGAAAUCAAACGUCGAACAGAACAACACUCAAUGAAAAGAUAGAGAAUGCUAAAGGUGAUUCCAAAACUCUGUGUGGAUUAGUAUCUAAACUUACUGGUACCAAAUCUGAAAACCCACUGCUUCGAGGAGAGUCUAAUAAAUCAUUAGUCGAAAUAUU